UGACGCGGCGCAACACUAACACGGAAGUAAAUCUCGAGUGGAGGGUUUCUGCUUUCCUAAAGCUUCUUGCUCACACUUCCUAGAGCCCCAGCGUAAAUAAGAGGAUUAAUCCGAAGAGAUGGCAGGAGAGACAGAGGAUGAGAUCCCUGAAACUGGAGCUGUUUUCACUUUUGGAAAGAGUAAAUUUGCUGAUAACGCCCCUAGUAAAUUCUGGUUAAAAUAUGACGUGCCUUUGAGAAUAUCCUGUGGAGAUGAACAUACAGCGCUAAUAACAGAAAAUGGGAAGCUGUUUAUGUUUGGCAGUAAUAACUGGGGGCAGCUGGGGCUGGGAACAAAGACCACUGUAAAUAAACCCACUUGUGUGAAAGCUCUUAAAUCAGAGAGGGUGAUGCUCGUAGCCUGUGGACGAAAUCACACACUUGUUUACACGUCCCAUGGUAACCUGUACGCCUCUGGAGGAAAUAAUGAAGGACAGCUUGGCCUCGGUGACUGUGAAGACAGAACCUUCUUCCAUCAGGUGGACUUCUUCAGCAAGAAUGAACCAAUCAUAAUGCUCGCUGCUGGUUCCAAUAUAUCUGCUGCCCUUACACAGGGUGGCAGACUGUAUAUGUGGGGCGAUAACUCUGAGGGUCAGAUUGGAUUGGGAAAGGAGAGUAAUGCAUUGACCCCUCGUGAGGUAUCAGUGGGGAAACGAGUGUCCUGGGUUUCAUGUGGAUAUUAUCAUUCUGCUUUUGUUACCGUGGAUGGUGCCUUGUUUACAUUCGGAGAAAAGGACAGUGGGAAGCUGGGGUUGCCCACGGAGAAGCUGGCUAAUCAUAGAGUCCCACAACAGGUGACAGGCAUCUCUGAUAGGGUGAUGCAGGUGGCGUGCGGUGGAGGUCACACGGUGGCACUUACAGAGCACGAGCUGCUUUCGUUUGGACUGGGUCAGUUUGGCCAACUCGGUCACGGCACAUUCAUAUUUGAGUCUCGUUUACCCAGAGUGGUUGAGCAUUUUAGGAGGGGCCGAGUAAAGCAUGUGGCGUGCGGAGAAAAUCACACGGCGGUUGUAACUGACAGUGGCCUUUUGUACACAUUUGGUGAUGGUCGCCAUGGAAAACUGGGACUUGGAGAUGAGAACUUCACCAACCAGUUCAGCCCAACACUGUGUCCAAGAUUCCUCAACUACCACAUACAGGCUGUAUCAUGUGGUGGAUGUCACAUGCUUGUUUUGGCCAGGCCCAGAGAUGGAAACUCAGAAAAUGUGAUCCUGGAAGAGGAUGAUGUCACAGAAGACUACUUUGAGAAGUCAUACACAGAGCUACUGGGGGAUACACACAACCAGACCACACUAAACAGGAGUAUCUCAGCUCGUGUUAGACGCCGAGAACGGGAACGUUCUCCAGAUCAGUUUGGACAGAUGUUCAGAACUCUUCCAAACCUUAGUGGCAAUCAACUAAACUCAUCAAUACCUGCUCCCAAUCAAACCUGGCACGCCCACAGUGAACAACCCAGAAAGAUCUCUCACAACGGACUUCAGAUUCCAAGUGACAAAAACAUUUCAGAGGAUAACGAAAGUGUAAAAGAUCUUGGAGAAACCACUGACUUAUUAAACCUGACUCAUGUAAUGAAGAUGGACCCAUGUGAUAACAGCCUCACAUUGUCUCCUAUGCAGAAGAAGAAGGUUAAGGUUGUGAAAGUGCACGGUAAGGAGAAGGGGAAGACUUGUGAUAAGAGGGCGGAGCUUAGUCAUCACAAAGCCCUUCCCACAGAUUUACUUAGAAGCUCAAGUAGUAGUUCAGUAGUUGGGAACAGUCCCCACGUGAGCCCAGCGGGUCUAGGCCAAGAUAAAGAGAAUGUACUUAUUGCUUUGGAGGACCGAAAACCUGGGCGGAGUAAGACAUCUAGAAUCAAACACACUACAGAUCAAAGGCAACUAGAGUCGAGGGAACGGUCAAAAGAGAAAGCCAAGCUGAACCAAGACACUGUAACCAAAGCUGGGAAUAAUCCACAACAGGAGAAACCUUCAAAUGUAGAAACUGAACAUAAAGUUGCCAAAGCAAGCACAAAGUCAAACCAGGAGUAUGCUGGAAAAACAAAACACAAGGAACGUCCAGUGGAGGUCAGAAGCCGGUCUCAAAAGGUUGAAGGGGAAGAAAAAGACGUUAAAAUGAAACCAGUGAUUGUUAUUGAGCAUCUCGAACAGACUACAAGUGAGGACCAAGUCCCUACAGGUAAGAAGGUCUUAAGAGCCAAAGAUCAGAGGGUGAAAAACACACCUAGUAAAGGUGAAACCAAUACUGUUAAGACAGAAAGUAAACAGAGCAAGAAUUCAAAUGUUAGAAACGACAAUAAAAAUACUAAGACAUCCGCUAACACGAAACAAUCCUCUUACAAAGGACACACUCCCUCAAAAACAAAGUCAUCCAGACCAGAACAAAGCCACUCAUUGAGCACAGAAAAAAACUCAGAAACCCUUAAGGUGGCCACCAUGUUUCCCGAAGCUUCCUCCACAUCUGAAUCCGAGUCCAAAUCUGAGCAAAUGCUACAGAAUCGUCUUACCGAGGUGAUGUCAGUAAUCCAGGAUGUUGGAACAGGAAGUCCUGCUCGUCUUCUUAGGGAAGCGGCAGCAGGUCAGUUUCUUACCCAAUCGACACCUAAGAGGCCAAAACCUCUUCUCAAACAGAGAACUUUGUCUGAUGUUUCCUCUAUUAGUGAAUCAGGCGAGGUUCCAAGACAAGAUGAGACCAGAAGAGCAACUGUCACCAUCAAUGUUAAACCAGAACAAGGUUCUUCAGACGGGCAAAUGGAAAGAAGCACACUUGAGGAAACAUCAACACAGAGCAUGGAGAAAGAAGGAGAGGAGUGUACUGAGGAGAGGAGCGAAAUUUCAGAGGAGGAUGGGGAAAUGGAAAGUUCUGCAGUGACCGAAAGUGUAAAAGGGUUGAGAAGAAGAAAUAACAAAGAGGAAGUGGAUGACAGAGAAGAAGUAAGUGAGAGCAAGACUCUUGAUGAAGUAACAAAAAACGACGACUCUGGGGAUGAUGAUGAUGAUGCAACAAUCAAAUCUUCUAGUGAGGAGGAAGAAAGUGAGGCCAGGUCUGAAGAAGCAGAGGGCGAUGGAAUAGAAGAUAGUGAAGAAGAAACAAAUGAGAUAAAUACAGAAAAUGAAAACAGUGGAGAAGGUGAUGAAAGCAAAACGAGUGAAGAAGAGGAGAGUGGAGAGGAAUCAAAUGAAAACACAGAAAUCAAGAGUGAGCGAUCAGAUGUAGAGUCAGAUGAAGAGGAAAAGGAGGUGGAUGAGGAGUCAGAGGAGAGUGAAAGUGAGGAUGAAGAAGAAAGUGCAGUGGAAAGUAAGAGUAAAGGAGAAGAGGAAGAUUCAGAAGAGAUGGAUGAGGAAGAUGAAGAGGAUGAUGCAGAUGAGGACAAAAGUGAUGAAGACAUGGAAGAGAAUGAAGCAACAAGUGAAGAUGAUGAUGUAGAGGAAGAAGAGGAAGAGAAUGAAACAGAGGAGGAAAAAAGUGAUAAAGACACAGGUGAUGAAGCAACAAGUGAAGAUGAUGAGGAAGAGGAGGAAGAAGAUGAAGAGAGUGAUACAAAGGAGGACAAAAGUGAUGAAGACUCAGAAAAUGAAGCAACAAGUGAGGUGGAGGAGGAGGAGGAGGAAGAAGAUGAAACAGAGGAGAACAAAAGUGAGGAAGACACAACAGGUGAGGAUGAUGAAGAGGAGGAAAAAAGUAAUAAAGACACAGAAGAUGAAGCAACAAGUGAAGAUGAUGAGGAAGAGGAGGAUGAAAAGGAGAGUGAAAGUGAAGAAGAGGAAGAACAGCCGAGCAUAGAUGAAGAGGAAGAAAGUAAUAAUGAGGAGGAAGAAAGUGAAGAAAAAUCAACAGAGGGAGAAAAAGAAGAAGAGGAAGAAUCAGAAGAAAAUGAGGAGGAGGAAGAAGAAGUAGAGGAUCAGGAGGGAGAACAACAAGAUAAUGAAGAAGAGGAUGAAGAGAGCCAAGAAAGCGAAGAGGAGGAGGAAGAAAAGAAACGAGAAGACAAAAGGCUUGAGAGAAAGAGAGAUAAAGCCUCCGCAUCCACUAAACCAAGAUCAGAUGUGAAAAAGACAAAGCAGCUGAUGAAAGCUACAGCAAAAAAUGAUUCAGUGUCAGAAGACAAAUCUCAGGAGUCUCAACAAUUUUGGGAUAAUGUGCUACCUCAGUACCUCAAUUUAAAAUAAUUUACAGAAUUGUUCACAGAAAACUACUACUGAAUAUACAUGAGUUACAGUAUGUCUUGUUUUGUAUUUUUUAUUUUUAUUUUUUCACAUAGUUCUUGUAUUUGGAAUAUUUAUUUAUUUAAGGAUUUAACCGACUUUUUAACCAGAUUUAUACUUUGUGGACAAAUUAUUAAUUCAUUUAGGAUUACUACACAAACACAGUAUGAAGAACACAUGAUGUGCCUUGUAAUUUCCAUAUAUCUAAUGGACAGCUGUGUUCUUUUACUAUUAAAGGGACACUCCACUUUUUUUGAAAAUAUGCUCAUUUUCUAGCUCCC